AUGUCAGGGGUCGUUUGCUCUGUCUCCAAAGGCCGUGACCAAUCAGCCCGAAAUCGGUCAAACCUCCGUCGCUGGCUGCGGAGAAACGGCCAAUACGAAGAGUCCUUGCUUGCACCCCAGGUUUCUCGAGCAGCAGACAUGGCGAGCGUCUCCGGAUCCUCAGCUGAUGAUGUAGCACAAGACCAGACGACGACGACGACGACGACGAGGAUGACCAUGGCUCUCACUCAUCAAGGCCAUCCAUCUCCUUCGCUCUCCUUCGCCCUCGCCGUCUCCCAACCCCCUACCCACAGCCAGCUCGGAUAUCCAUACCGCCUUGCAGCUGAUGGGCACACCCAGUGCUGCGUUAAAACAGCGAUCUUCAAGCCUGCUCGUGCCAACCCCGCAUAUGGGACACUGUGGAAGGGUCUGGAGAAACGGCUAAACCUCCAUGUCCAAGCCGGCCUCAAAUCUGCUGACCUCUCUUUUCACCAUCUAAUUAUCUUCUCUUCGCCCGCUCCGUGUUCCCAGCUCGCUCCAUCCGCCCAUUCAUCAAUCUCUUGCGCCGCUAUCCCCUUUGACGCUCUCCGCGCUGUCUCGCUCUCCAAAUUAUCCGCCUUGGGGGCAGCUCGCUCCUUGUCACCACCGCACGCGCACCCCUUCGGCGGCAAUGCCAAAGUGGCCAACGAUCAGGUGUCUCUUGUUCUCUCUACCGCCAAAAUCACUGUCCGUACUUCUCAAGCGCCAGCCGUGGAUGAUGGGCUGCUGAGGAAUCUUGCCACGCCAAUCCUCUCCUGCGCCAAGCACCAAGAACCGCCAGAAGAAUUUGGAGUAAUCUCCCAGAAACGUCGCAGACAUGCUGCUGUAUACUCGGCUUGCUCCGCCAAAGGUGCCAAAGCGCCGUUCCAGAGCCGCCGCUGUCAAGACCACGGCCAGAGCUGUGUAUAUGAGCCCAUCAAGCCUCGCCAGCGCCGCAGGCUAGACUCUUUCGACGAUUCGUCCUUGACCGAAAUAUCGACGGCCUUGGAGCAUCAUGCGUUAUCUCGAGCUGCUCAGAAACGGUUGACGUUGGGGCAAUGGGAGGCUCCUCUUUGGUGCUCUGACAUUGGAUUCGAUGAAAAUUUUGCGCUGGACGAACACGUGCAACAGCCUGCUUCGGCGGUCGACUGCAACCAAGAUGUCUUGGAUGAAAUAUUCACGUCAUGGGCCGCCGAUACCAGAGCGCAUGAUGCCUGCCUAGACGCCGAUGGGUUUGACUUUAUCGCACCCAAUGACCCUGUGAAGCAAGAAGGCGAAGGCGAAGGCGACGGCGAUGACAGCCAAAACCCCUCCAUCGAUGAAACGGCUACUCCCGAUACUGCAUCACAAAACACAUUUCUCGCCGUGGUUGGCCCCGUGUCGGUUGCAUCUCCUACUAUAGAGUUCAUCAUACCCGCCUUUGCCGAAUUCUCCGAUCAGGCUAACAGGCGAGCUCUGAUUGACCACUUUACCAAUGUUCUGUCCCACCUCAUCGUUUUGCGCGAAGAUGAGGGCAACCCAUUCCAACGGCUUGUUUUGCCACUAUCUCAGAAGAGCACGGCAGUCUCGAACUCCAUCUUUGCCUUGGCUUCAGCCCACCUGGAGCACCGAGGUAUACACAACAGCGAGCGGAGCGUUUAUUUCCACAACAAAGCAAUCAAUGGAUUGGCUGCUCUGAUAGCAAAGGGAUGUGAUGCGAAUAAGAAUGAGCUGUUGGCCGCCAUCAUCCUCUUGAUAUACUACGAAGUGUUGGUUCAACGUGGGCGAUCAAACAUUGUCGAUGGUCACUUAAAGGGGGCCAUGGCGAUCAUGGGCAGCAGCCAAGCGUUGGCCGACCCAACCGCCGUUUUCCUGGAACGGGUGAGUUCCUUGCGACACAACAUCCGCCACUUGUUUCCUCAGCUAAUCAAGACAACCCUCUGCAAACAGGCAUUCCGAUUCUAUGAUGUGAUAACAGCAUUGUCAUUCAACUCCACGCCCAUUCUACCUACACCGGACUGUGAAAAUUUCGCCCCGUUCCCCUCAGUUGACUGUCGCGGCGCUACUGUGCCUGCAGGGAACGUCGACACGCUACUGGGAAUGGCCACUUCUCUAUGGCCCAUCAUCUACCGGCUCUCUACUCUAGGCGGCCUGAAACGGCAGCUCCUCGCAGCCGAGCUCGGGGAUGAUGAUUCAGAGACGGCAAAGCUGCGAAUGGAGUUUGAGACUACGGCUUCGGCGGUGGAGUUUGCUCUGCAAGAAUGGGUGCCUUCCCCAGACGAAGCUCUACCCAAGGACACAGAUAAUCCCAUCAUGACUGGGGUAUCAGCAAAAAAGCAAAUGCAGAGCAUUCUCAACAGCGCUAUGGCGUAUCGGCACUCCGGGUUCGUCUAUCUUUACCGUACCAUCUACGGCUGUUCCCGACGCCAUACCGUCGUGCAACGUCACACCCACAUCAGUCUCACCCACUGCAUGGAAACAGUGAGGAAUAAAGGUCCCAUGGGGGCCCUGCUCUGGCCGCUGUUUGUGGCAUCGUGUGAGGCCAUUGACGCAGAAGACCGAGAGCUCUCCAGGCAGGCAUUUGCGGCCGUCAACCAGCGACAGGGCAUGACUAAUAUCGAGCGAGCAAGAUGCAUAGUGGAAGAGGUCUGGAGACGAGCAGACAGCGGUGAGGAUGCGGAAGAUGCCGAUGAUGAGAUUGUGCACAUUAGCGAGCAAAAGAAUGACUUGUGGAGAAGAGUCAGCCAAGACAUGGGUGUGACGGUUGUCUUUGGGUAG